CUUGUCCCUGCCUGAAAAUAAUAUAUCUCGAUUACAGAGGUCGAUUACAGAGGUGGCCAAAUCAUCCACCCAAACUGGUCAAAGGUCUUUCCUCAGUUAGUUCCACAGAUUGUAGAAAGAGCUCUAAGCUUGCCUGAAAAUAAUAUCUUAUACCAAGGAGGAGUCAUCUAGUCAGCCAAUGAUUCAACUAAAGUACUUACGAAUAAGAUGAGGGGCCGUGCACAUAUUUCAGGGACGCCCCAUAGGCAUGGCGAUAGAGGUAUAGCGCAUGAUGGUGCUUCAAGCAUACCAACCAGUGAUGAGGGAUCGAUAAUUGGAAAUUCGAGUGAUUCAGUGGCGAUUGCCAUACAGCGAUUAAUCCGAGGUACGCCUGAUCUGAGGCCUGAGUGUUGCAUCUACAAUGUCCCGGAGAGAUUUCGCAAGGGGAAUGAAGAAUUCUACAAACCUCGUGUAGUCGCAAUCGGACCUUAUCACUUCAAAGAUGCAAGCUAUGACAUGUGUAAGCCCAAAUACGUGGACGCCUUUUUCCGCCGGAACAAGCUCAACUUCGACCAUUGUCUUGGAUUAGUGAGAGCAUGGGAAGCAAAAGCAAGGAGCUAUUAUGCGAACCAUAUUGAACUAAGUAGUGAUACGUUUACUUUUAUCAUGCUGCUGGAUGCAACUUUUGUUUUGGAACUCAUGCUUAGGCAUCACUUUUCUAGAUACAGAGAUAAUUAUGAUCCGAUAUUUCACAAGCCGAGGAUGAUUGAAGACGUUUACCACGACAUCUUGUUGAUCGAAAAUCAACUUCCCUUCUUCGUCCUUGAGGGUUUGUACGAGCAAAUCGGUACGAAUAGUCUCUCUCCAGGAGAUGAUCAUCUUUCUUUCACCAUGCUAACUCAUGAGUUCUUCAAGCAUUUCGUGAAAAUUGAUAAGUUUCCCGCCCAUGUUGUCUCUGCUAAUGAUCAAGUGAAUCAUUUUGUUGAUUUUAUACGACGCUACUACUUGGCGCCGCCACGGCCUCAAGAGGACCAGCAAAAUCUUGAAAUUCCACCAAGCGCGACGGCACUCUAUGAGGCCGGAGUUAAGUUUGAUACAAUUAAAGGCAGUGCCUCCUUGCUUAACAUAGAAUUCAAGAAUGGUUGUCUCAAAAUUCCAAAUUUCAUAGUAGACGACUGGACAGAAACUCUCUUCAGGAACCUGAUUGCUUUCGAGCAGUGCCACUACACAGAGAAGUACAUUUCCCAGUUUAUGUUCCUCAUGAUGUGCAUGAUCAGGACUUCAAAGGACGCAGAUUUACUCAUGGACUCCGGAGUCAUAUCUAGCAUGCGAGGGAGUAGUAAAGACCUCUCCAUUCUAUUUAACCAUAUCAGCAGAGACGUUGGCUUCGGAGAGCCUUUUUAUUACUUUCAGAUUUGUGCAGAUCUAAAUGCAUACUGCAAUACCCGUCGGCACCGGUGGAAGGCAAUUCUGAAGCGAGACUAUUUCAACACUCCAUGGAAACUUGCUUCUACUAUUGCUGCAAUUAUACUCCUUGUGCUCACAUUCAUCCAAACCAUAUGCUCUAUCUUAUCCCUCUAAGGCCUUGUUUGGUUCACGGAAGAGAUUUGAGGGGAAAUCACUUCCUACGUUAUUUUCCAAUGGAUGGGAAAUGGAAGAUUCAUUUUCCAAGUAUGGAGAGCUAUCACUUUAUUUCAUUUUCCAUGUUUGUUUUGUGUAGGAAUGGAAAA